AUGUCUUAUAACGACGAUCGCCGCGAGUACGGAAACUCUGGAGGCUACGGCGGUGGCCGAGAUGACGAGCGUCGUGGAGAAGGUGGGCAAGGCGGUUAUGGUGCUGGUGAGCGACGUAACGACGGCUAUGGCCAGGACGAUCGCCAGGGAGCCGGUUACGGUGGCAGUAAUCAAGAGCAGUACGCUGGGGGACGACAGGAACAAUAUGGUGGAGGCAGGACUCAAGAAGGUGGCUUUGGUGGGGGCGGAAACGACAGAAAAGAGGAGUAUGGCGAGCAGCGUCACGGGGGUGGUGGAGGAGGGGGAUACGGAGAGGAGAGACGCCAGGAGAGCGGUGGAUAUGGUAGCGGAAGUCAAGGUGGGUAUGGAGGCUCACGUCAGGAUGACCGCCCCAGUGGGGGUUAUGGUGGUGGCGAUGAUCGACGUCAAGAAUCUAGUGGGUAUGGCGACCGUCCUUCUGGCGGAUACGGGGGCUCACGUCAAGAUGAUCGCCCCAGCGGAGGAUAUGGAGGUGAUGAGCGACGUCAGGAGUCCAGUGGCUAUGGUGACCGUCCCUCUGGUGGACAUGACAGCCACAACGACCGCCCGUCAGGCCACAGCAGCGGCGGCUCAGGAGGCUAUGGCGGAGGUCAAGGCCAACAUCAGGGCGGCCAGCCUUCUUCAUACGGAGGGGGCAGCUAUGCUGGCUACGGUGGCUCGGACGAGUUCUCCGAUGCAGCCAAGCAUGCUUCCUCAUCAGCUGGCGAUGCCGGCGACUCGAACCUGUUCAGCAUGGCUCUCGGCAUGCUUUCUGGGAAGAAGGAUAAGCUGAAGGAUGAGGAUGUCGACGAAGACGAUGCCGUCCGCCAGCACGAAAAGUUCUAUGGCAACGGAAGCGGUCAAGAGGGUGGUCAGCAAGCCAGCUCGAAUAACGUGGCCGCUGCUGCUGCCAUGCAAGCAUUGAAGAUGUAUCAGGGUGGUAGCAGCGAGGAUGCCAAGGGUGGCCAAAACCAAUUCAUCGGUAUGGCUAUGGGGCAGGCUGCGCAACUGUUUGAUAAGCAGCAGAAAGAGGGCAAGACUGAUCCUGGAGCCACAAAGCAAGAUGCUAUUGCACAAGCCGCUCAGAUGGCGCUCAAGUUCUACCUCAAAGGCAAUGCUAGUGGUGGAGGCAGUGGGGCCAGCUCUGGUGGUCUCGGUGGACUGCUCAACAUGGCUAGCAAAUUCAUGAAGUAG